AUGUACGUGAUCAACUACUCACCUAUACCACUCCAUCAAAUGCCAGUAUUACAGUCCAACGCAACACCUCGUGUUGGGCGUCGUAAACCAGUGAUCUCGCCUACCACAUAUUUCGCUCAUCGGCAACAAAAACCUUCCCCUACCACGCGCUCACAGCGACCCACCUUCUUCCAUUACCUUCGCAAAUUCAUUUCCUCUUCUCGCACAAACGCAGCUCCUCCUGUGCUUCGUGAUCCCCUGGAUUUCCCUGCUACAUCCCCUCUGCCUCGCAACAUCUUACCCUUGGCUCAGGGCAGUUCAGGUCAUGCAUUGCCGCCUAUUGUCGAUGUUCCUCUCGCGCAGGGUAAAGAGCGCAAUGCUUCAGCAGAUGCUCCUGCCAAGAACAGCGGGGAGUGGAUAGCUGAUGAAGACUACGUUCCUUCUCGUCCACCUUCGACAAACCCUGAUUCACAACCGCCCGCAGUGCAGGUCAACACUGGAGAGCAUGGAAACGAAUACCCCUCGGAUUACUUCCCGUUCUUGUAUCAAUGA